GCCGAAAAUACCUCCAGUGCCGCGCUCGCUUCGGAGAAGACCCGACGACCAUGCCCAGCGAGUACUUGCAGAAGCAGCAAAAUGUCCCGAUGAUGUUCCGUCGGCACGGCGACGUCACGCCCAAGCCUCGAGGACAUGUGUUGGGGGGCCAUGUCCCUGCUCACGUGUACACGCGGCAGCUCGACGUUGCCACCGCCGACACGUCGCCGCUCGUGCCAUUUGACCCGACCAAGUCGAAAGUUCCCAACUUCAUCUCGAUGGACAAAAAGGUGCUCCGGUUCGACGGCUACUUUCUCGAAGCUGUGCACGAAAGCAACGUCGAGAACUUUCGCGUGCGCAAGUGCGUGGUGCUGUACUACCUCGAGGACAGCACGAUUCAGAUCAUCGAACCCAAGGUCGAGAACAGCGGGAUCUUGCAAGGCAACUUUGUCAAGCGCCACCGCAUUCCCAAGCCGGAAAGUGGCGGCGACGACAUGGCGUACUACACAUAUGCCGACAUCAACAUCGGGAACCAAGUCACGUUUUACGGCCGCACGUUCCACAUUCAGUCGGCGGACUCGUUCACGCGCAAAUUCCUCCACGGCCAAGGAAUUCCCGUUCCGGACGACCAGCCAACGCCGCGUGAUGCCUACACGACAAUGCGCCAUGCCCACAUGUCCCGCGAAACAGGUCAAGACAUCGAUGCCAACUACGGGAAGAAGCAGUACCCGAUGAAGGAGUUUAUGGAGGCGUCGUUGGGCAAGUUUGCGCGGCCGUCGGACCACCGCCGUCGGUUCAUCGAGCACGAUCGCCACGUCCUGCGUUGGUUUGCCUUGUGGGACGACACGUCCAAGCUGUACGGCACCAAACAUCAGUACACUGUGCACUUUUUCCUCGCAGACAACACGGUCGAAAUCCGCGAGUCGUAUGAGCGCAACAGCGGGUGCGAUCCGUUUCCGAAGCUGCUCAAUCGCGUCCGCCUCUUGAAACAGCCCAAGUUUGAGGGCCCGUACGCGACGGCCCUUACAAACGUCGACCCGCCCCCCGACGAUGACUACUUUAGCUGGGAACACUUGGCCGUGGGCGUCACGGUGAACAUUUACAACCGCAACAUUCUGCUCUUGGACGCGGACGACAGCACGCGGCAAUGGUAUGCCGACCACGGCAUCGACGUCGGCAAGCCGCUCGUCGUCCAUGACACGACGGAGAAGCCAAAACCGUUCGUGCCACCGCCGUACAACGGCAUCGGGUCCGAGAUCGACUCGCUGGGGUCGUGCUAUCAUCUCACCCCCAAGCCGCAUCGAAAGUCGAUGGACGAAACGGAUAACAAGAUCAUUCUCCGAUUCUGCGCCCACAUGGACACGACCAAGCCGGAAGACGUCCACCGACGCUUUAUCGUGAGCUUUAUGAUUUGCGACUUGUCCAUCAUGGUGAUGGAACCCCCCCAGCGAAACAGCGGCAUCGGCGGAGGCAAGUUUAUGGAGCGAGGUGUCCACAAGAAUCCCUGCAGGGGCACCCCGUUUGUCAAGUCGGACUUUUACGUCGGCGCGCGCAUCGAAGUCGUCGGCCAGGCCUUCAUCCUCGACAACCUGGACGAGUACUCGGCCAAGUACAUGGAAUCAAAUCCCGCCGAUUUCCCUUACGCCGACCGUGACCGCGCCUUGAAGAAGCUCAAGAACGCGUGGCAAUCGGCGCUAUGGCAAGACGUGGCGGGUGAGAAGGCGCUGACCGACGCGCAAGUCCGCCGCUGGCUCCGAGAUUUCAAACUCGUUCCUCAUGAAGUUAUUGCGCUCUUGCGUGGGCCGUGCGGCAACGAAGACGGACACUUGGAUCUCGCGAAGCUCAAGCAGGAACUGGCCACGUAGUUUGACAACACUGGAGCAACUAACACUGUAUCAAUGCAUUUCGUGUGUGCGGACA